AUGGCAGCUAUACUUGAAGAUCGUCAACUGCAGCAUGCCGCCGAGAGAGAAGCUGCGAAGGCGGUAGCAGCGUUACCGACGAAGUUGGAGUUGGCGCAUGGAGACACAGGGGGUGCCGUUAACCGCGGGACUGAAGAGGAAGACUCGUACUGUCUGAUUAAAAGCGUGGGGCACCUCAGCAACCGUGGCUUUACCAAGCUACCAGCCAGGUACGUCCUGCCGGACCCCGACCGCCCGGGCGACGGGCUCGGCACGGUGAAGCUCCCCGUCGUCGACCUGGCGCGCCUCAUCGAUCCUGCCCACCAUGCUUCCGAGCUGGAGACGCUCGACGCCGCGUGCCGCGACUCUGGAUUCUUUCACGUGGUGAACCAUGGCGUGGCGCGCGAGCUGAUCGACGGGUUGCUGGACGUGGCGCGGCGGUUCUUCGAGCUUCCGUUGGCGCGGCGGGCGCAGUACAUGUCGCCGGACGUGCGGGCGCCGGUGAGGUACGGCACCAGCUUCAACCAGGCCAAAGAUGCCGUGCUCUUCUGGCGCGACUUCCUGAAGCUUGGCUGCCAGCCGUUACACGCCGUCGUGGCCUCGUGGCCUGACGAACCCGCUGAUCUCAGGGAAGUGGUAGCCAGGUACGCCAUGGCGAACCAUCAGUUGUUCAUGGAGCUCAUGGAGGCAGCACUAGAGGCUCUGGGCAUCCCCUGCCGUCACAGUCAGAGUCUGCUAGAGGAGUUGGAGGCAGGGUACUCGCAGAUUAUGCUCAACUGCUACCCGCCGUGCCCGCAGCCAGAGCUCACGCUCGGGCUGCCGCCGCACUCUGACUACUGCCUCUUCACGCUCCUGCUGCAGGACCAAGUCCAGGGUCUCCAGAUCUUGCACCACGGCCACUGGCUCACCGUCGAUGCCGUCCCAGGGUCCAUCAUCGUCAACGUCGGCGACCACCUCGAGAUCUACAGCAACGGACUGUACAAGAGCAAAUUGCACCGUGUGCGGGUGAACUCGACGCAGACGCGCAUCUCGGUGGCGUCCUUCCACAGCGUCCCUGCGGAGCGGGUGAUUGGGCCAGCGGCGGAGCUGGUCGACGAAGGAAACCCACGGCGGUACAAGGAUACAGACUACACCACCUUUCUCAACUUCCUCGCAUCCGCUGAGGGCAAGCAUAAGACCUUCCUCCAGUCAAGGAAGCUGGCAGGCUAA